UAGUUCCGGUUUACGUUUUGUGUCUUUGUAUUAUUAUUAAAAGAGCUCCCGUUCACUGUCAAAAGCGUACCAGGUGAAGAUAAAUGACACUGUCUUCCUAGUUCUAAUCAUUUUGGUUUGAGAUAGCAAUGAGGCUGGAAGGGAAAAGGAGGCGAGCAGGAGAGGAGCGUUCUCGCUAAUGGGUCCCGCGCUCGACUUCCGGUAGCCCUAAGACACUUAUUUCGAAACAUGGGCAUCUGCAAGGAACGGCGUCUGUCGUUUCAAUUAGAGCUGUGCUAACUGAAGUGAGAUUCGUUUUCUAACUUCUCUCGGGGAGACUGAGAAAUUAAGCAAUAAUACUUCCCGAAACGAUCAGGAAGAAAAAUGUCAGUGACACUGCAUACAGAUGUAGGUGAUAUUAAAAUAGAAGUCUUCUGUGAAAGGACACCCAAAACAUGUGAGAAUUUCUUGGCUCUUUGUGCCAGUAAUUACUACAAUGGAUGUAUAUUUCAUAGAAAUAUCAAGGGUUUCAUGGUUCAAACAGGAGAUCCAACAGGUACCGGAAGAGGAGGUAACAGUAUCUGGGGCAAGAAAUUUGAAGAUGAAUAUAGUGAAUAUCUUAAGCACAAUGUUAGAGGUGUUGUAUCUAUGGCUAAUAAUGGCCCAAACACCAAUGGAUCUCAGUUCUUCAUCACCUAUGGCAAGCAGCCACAUUUGGAUAUGAAAUACACAGUAUUUGGAAAGGUAAUAGAUGGUCUAGAGACUCUAGAUGAAUUGGAGAAGUUACCAGUAAAUGAGAAGACAUACCGACCGCUUAAUGAUGUACACAUUAAGGACAUAACUAUUCAUGCCAAUCCAUUUGCACAGUAGCUAUAAUAGAUCUGGAAGAAUAUUUGGCAGACUAUUCAGAGGAACACACCUAUUGUGGUUUACCCAGUUUUAAAUUAUGUCAAGAGACUGCAUCAUCCUUCUGCUUGUUUACAAAUAAGAUUUUCUAUGAGUUGGUGGUAUCAAAGGGCCCUACACAGCUUUUAUUCCCGUUAUUAGAGCAUAUUCCUUACUAAAACUAGCAUCUAAUGUAUUUAAGUUUAAUUUUUUUUAAGCCCUUUUGUUUAAUUAUUACAUAUAAACAUUCAUUCUUAAAUGCUGAGCUUCGGGGCACCUGAGUGGCUCAGUUGAGCGUCCCACUUAUGCUUAGGUCAUGAUCUCGUGGUUGUGAGUCUGAGCCCCACAUCAGGUUUACUGCUGUCAGGUCGGAACCCACUUGGAACCUCUGUCCCUUUCUCUCUGCCCCUCCCCCACUCACACACUCUCUCAUAAAGAAACAUUUAAAAAUAAUUUAAAAAGACACUGAGCAAAAAACAAACAAAUUCUGAGCCUUAAAUUCAAGUAUUUUUGAGCACCCUAGUUACAUAUUCCUGCCAUAUCUAGUCCAUAUCCUGGAAGUAUCCUUGUCCAUUAAUUAUUCACUUUGCAUAGUUAGAAAGGACAAGAUACAGAGAUGGUCUAGAAAAACCAGCCAAUCCAUUUGCUAUUUUCUGGUCUUUAGAAUUACAGUAAAGGCACAGAGAAGUCCUAUAGUACAGCAAACAGUCAAUUUCCCAAUUUGCCCAUGGAACAUUUUUUUUAAGGCCUAUCAUUUACAGUACUGUAGGACAGAAUUCUACAGGUGAUCAUUUUGAAAAUGCGAUUAGUUGGUUAUAAGCACCAGUUGUGGAGUCCUGGACUGUUUGAAUCACAGCUCUGCCCCCUACUAGUAACUUUAGGCAGGUUAACAUCUCCAAGUUUUCUCAUCCCUAAAUAAUAUUCCCUCAUAAAACUAUUGCAAGGAUUAAAUGAGAUAAUGUGUAUAAAACUUCUGGCAUGCGGUAAGUGUUCUGUAGAGUAAAUGGAAGCUUCUCUCCUAACAUUUAUUUCAACCAUAGGGCUUUCACUGAAUCAGGCCUUAUCAUUUAUCAGGCUAUCCCAUUGGUUUCAUCAAGAACCAUAUUCCACACCUUGAUUAGGUUUUGGGUAUUCUAAAACUGAUGCCAGGUAUUUAUUGGUUUGUAUCAUUUCUGCAAAUAGUUGAUCUAAAUAAUAUUUUCUUUCUUUCUUUUUUUAAAUUUUUUUUGUAACGUUUUAUUUAUUUUUGAGACAGGGAGAGACAGCAUGAACAGGGGAGGGUCAGAGAGAGGGAGACAUAGAAUCUGAAACAGGCUCCAGGUUCUGAGCUGUCAGCACAGAGCCUGAUGCGGGGCUCGAACUCAAGGACCGCGAGAUCAUGACCUGAGCCAAAGUCGGCUGCUUAACCGACUGAACCACCCAGGCGCCCCCAUAUUUUCUUUCUUAACUACAGUUUAGAAGUUAGCUUGCAAUACCCUCUUAUUACCAUUUAUACCUUCUACUAAACUGAUGUGCCAAUUAUACUAAUAACCCUCACUUUUUAAAGUAA